CUUUCAGCUAACAAACUAGAAAAGAAGAGUGUCAACACAACAAAGAUCUCUCCCAAACUCACAAUUUUGCCUUCUUUGGGUCGCAAACAAGAACAUACCCUUCCCACUCAGAUGAUUUUGUAUCUUACGGUUGAAGAAAUGAUGGAUAUUAACCGAUCCCGAAGAUUGAACUUCAAUGCUCCAUUCUUGUCGACGAAGCGCCAUGUCACCCAAGAGAAGCUUCCGGGCCAGUUUCCGGAAGCUUCUGUUCCAUUUUGCUGGGAAACCGCUCCCGGGAUGCCCAAGAACUCGUCUCAUUUGAAAAAUGACGCUGAAUCUGAAACGCCCCGGCUCAAACUACCUCCUGGAAGACUGAAGGUGCAAGUUACUGGUAAAAAUGAUGAUCUUGAUGACGCAAGUGAGAGUUUAACACCAGCUAAAUUGUUGCAUAUGAAGAAACGCAACAAUCAGGAAUAUUUCCAUCAAACCAACCAAGACGCGGUCGAUGUCUUGUCUCUCACGCAAGCUAUAGACAUGGUCGAACUCCCAAAAGAUAGCGUUUCAGAAUCAGAUGAUGAUAGAAGCAGCGUAGGAGGUGACUCAAACGGGUACUUAACAAUGGAGAGCACAGAGCGAAGCGAAGAUAUGUCACCGAGUUACAUAAUAGAGCGGUUUCUACCGGAUGCAGCGGCUCUAGCAGCCGUGACAUCAGCGGCUAGCCAAAGGAGGAAGAAGAAGCUCUCUUAUUUGAGUGGUGAAACGGUGAGACAGUCUUGUUUUUCACCAAAAGCUUGUGGAUUACAUGUAUUGCUGCCUUGGAGCACUAAGCAUAGAAUCUGUGGCGUCAAAAACGCCUUUUCUCCAUCUUCACACGUCCACUUGCAACCCAAGUUUAUUACAAAAGAUAACUAGAUGAAUUCAGGUACUUGUUAUUACAGUAUUUAGACUAUAUAUAUGAUAUAUUGUUGUGUGACACCCCUUUUUUGGUUUCUUGUAAAAUGCGGUGGUUAAUAAUAACACACUAAAAAAAAAGCAUGUACAAAGACAAGGCUUAUAGCCAAAAUUGAUGCAGCUAGCUCUAAAACAAUUAUGUAGUAUGUAUUUUACUAUAUAUCAUCCACAAUUUAUGUUUUGAAAUUUUUUUGACCUAAGAAUUGUUUUUCCAGAUUUCAUGUUUUCUUAUAAUAGAUUAGGCUUGCAGAUUGGUUCAAUUUGAUUGAUGGAUUUUUUUUUUUUUUUUUUUCUUUUUUUUUUUUGUUAAAUAAUAGUGGCUAGCUGCAAUAUAUAAAUAAAAUAAUGACUUUUUU